AUGAACUCUGUACCUCCUCGACCCCGACCCACUCUGCUGUCGGCCGGCCUAUGGUUACCCUCGACCGCACGUCGUGCAGAUCCAAUUUCGACGCCCUCGCUGUCAGGUGGACUCGGGAUUCUAGGUUUAUGCAUAGUGGGUAUGAGGACGUUAGGGCUUUGCUCUGCUGCACGUUCUACACACUCGCCAGUCAGCACAGCUGCUUCGAUUGUGUGCUGGGCACUGGCCGCUGGGAUUCCACAAUGGCCACGAGGAGGGGGUCCCUGUAAUCUGUAUAAGCACUUCAGACCGCGCCAUUCGACUAGGGCAAAUAACUAUCGCAGAGCCAUGGUCUUCGAGCGUGACCGGCGCAAUGCGCAUCUAGCUCGCAAUUUCUUUUCACUGGUCCCCUCCCGUCCGCCGGCUCAGCCCCAUCUUGUCUUGAUGGAUUACGGAGACCUGGACCACUUCUACCCCUGA